AUGAGUUCCAUAGAGUCCAUGAGGUCAUUCAACUGGGCUGGAAAGGCGCCCUUGACUCUGAGACCGUUCAAGCCUAAAUAUCACAUCACCAUGGCUACACAAAGCUCUACGCCCUCAGAUCUGAUCAUCAUGGAUCGCAAUUACAAGGACCGAGUAGCAGAAAGAAGACAGCUGAUAGCCUUGCACCCUUCCGUUGUCGUGGGAGCUGUCCCCCAGGGAAAGGAUGCUGUGCAGGAGCUAUAUUCCUACCUCAUGUCCGACUAUCUUCCACACAAGUAUCCGACCAUGUUUACCGUUGACAAAACCCGCGGCGUGUUCCACAACCAAAUUACUACCGCUUCCUACCAGUUAUCGCCACCGGACAAUCCAGUUGAGGCCCUGAAGAUUCUAGGUGAGACUGUCGAGGAUGACAUGUUUCUCCUUCAUGAGACAGAACAAGGUCAUCGCAGCGUGGCGUAUGUGUGUUGCUACUGUUCUGGCUUUGACCCGUCCCAGAAGUUGGACAAGCUGCUUGUCGAGAUUCACGAGCCGGUGCCAAGCUAUCACCGGAUCGGUCCAAGCAUGGAAAGGUAUUUCAGCCGACUCGAGGUUGGUAAGAACGUAAAGCGGAUCAACUGGUCAGUUGUUGAUACGCCGAUCUUAUUCAACUGUUCAACCAACCACGUCCACGAAAGUGAUAUUGAAUCCGUCAUUCAUGAUGAGGAUAUUGAUAUCGAGAAGGUCAGUUCCCGGUCAUCAGCUCGCUUGAGAGUUGAAUUGCAGACUCUGAGUCGGCUCCCAAAGACAAGAGCGGUUCUCUUCUCCUUCAAGACGCAUUUGUACACGCUGAAGGAGAUCAAGGCCGAAGGGCUCGGUCCUGAGCUGGCUGAUGCCAUUGAUGGGCUCAAGGAGGGGAACGCCCCUGGGAUGUGGACCUACAAAGGAGCUGUCAGAUGGGGCAAGAAAGUCAAAGAAUAUCUAAGGUCUUAG